AUGAAGCCUACACAACCUGAUGGUUGUAAGCCCAUGAAACAAAAGACCAUAUACUCGCUAUUUAGAAAAUAUUCUCCAUCAUCUCAACCUCAAACAGAAAGAAUUGAGCCUCAAACAGUUGAAACUAAUCAAGAAAUCGUCCUCAACCCUCUUGAAUGUGAUCCGGGUGUACGUCCUCAAAUCUACAACUAUCCUGUCAAUCUACGUGAUAAGGUUCGAUUGUCAUAUAUUCUGCUUGGGCCACGUCAACCUACAUUAGCAGAGUAUCCAGCUCACUUAGAUGGUGGUCAAAAUCGUCAGUUCAAUGAGUCAUGGUUCAAAAACAUUUCAUGGUCACAUAAAACAUUUACUAUUGAUGGUUUUAGAAAUUGGAAGAAAGUUGGGGGAUCACGUUGUGCUUUAAAUGGUCAUGCCGGUACUGCAAAUUCUACACAUCAUCUUGCAAUGCAGCAGUGGCAAAACUUGAAGAAUCCAUUGACUCAUAUUGACAAAGUGGUAGAGAGAUUACCACUAGCUAAAAUAAUUGAGAAUCGGUUGAGUCUUAAUACAACUGUGGAGAGCGUCCGAUUUUUGGCAACUCAAGGACUAGCUUUUAGAGAUAAUGAUGAGUCUGUGACUUCAGAUAAUCAUGGAAAAUUUAAUGAAUUAGUAGAAGCUUUUGGAAGAAACAAUCCAGAGGUUAAGAGAGUCUUAGAUAAUGCUCAUUUCAAUGCGAAGGUUUGUGAGAGAGCUGUUGUGGAUGUUGUUGACACAAAAGCCCAAACUCUUAAAGAUGAGAUAUGCAAGGUACUUGGAAAAUACAAUCUUUUACUAGAGAAUAUGCGUUGUCAAGGUUAUCAUGGUGCUAGCAAUAUGUGUGGAUCAUGGAAUGGACUACAAGUAUUGUUUCUUCAAGAAUGUCCAUAUGCCUAUUAUGUACAUUGUUUCACUCACCGCUUACAACUUGCUUUAAUUGCUGCAGCCGAAGAAGUUAGAGUUGUUUGGAGAUUUUUCUCAUCGUUGAUUAACAUUGUGAAUUUUGUUGGUGGUUCUACCAAGCGUAGUACUGAGUUAAAAUUGACUAGGGAAGAUGAACUUGAAAGGUUGUUGGAUGCUGGAUUGGCUGAGACAGGAAAAUGA